AUGGAAGGGGGAUGGCCUCUUAUGAGGGGCUUUCUCCUCUGCCUCACUGUCAGCCUUCUGCUUCAAGGAGGAGGGGACACUUUCACCAUCAACCGCUCAGGGUUUGACCAGGAUGGGGUGGACCCUGCUGCCUUCCAGGCAGUGUUUGACAGAAAGGCCUUCCGUCCAGUCAUCAACUACAGUAUCCCCACUGAGGUCAACAUCUCCUUCACCCUGUCUGCCAUCCUAGAAGUGGAUGCACAGCUCCAGCUGCUGACAUCAUUCCUGUGGAUAGAUAUGAUGUGGGACAAUCCAUUCAUCAACUGGAAACCAGAAGAGUGUGUCGGCAUCAGUAAACUCACCUUAUCAGCUGAAAACCUGUGGCUCCCAGACAUCUUCAUCGUGGAAUCCAUGGAUGUGGAUCAGACGUCUCCAGGUCUCACUGCUUACGUCAGCAGUGGAGGUCGAAUAUACUACAGCAAGCCAAUGCGGGUGACCAGCAUCUGCAACCUGGACAUCUUCUACUUCCCUUUUGACCAACAGAACUGUACCUUCACCUUCAGUUCUUUCCUCUGCACCGAGGACAGCAUGCUACUGGGCAUGGAGAAGGAAGUGUGGGAGAUAACAGACAUGUCUCGCAACGUCAUUCAGACCCAGGGAGAGUGGGAGCUCCUGGGCAUCAACAAAGUCACCCCAAAGAUGUCAGUGGGCAGCAAAGUAUAUGAUCAGAUCAUGUUCUAUGUGGCCAUCAGGCGCAGGCCUACCCUCUAUGUCAUAAACCUUUUGGUGCCCAGUGGCUUUCUGGUUGUCAUCGACGCCCUCAGCUUCUACCUGCCGGCAGAGAGCGAGAAUCGUGCCCCAUUCAAGAUGACUCUUCUGCUGGGCUACGACGUCUUCCUGCUCAUGAUGAGUGACUUACUCCCCAGCAGUGGCACCCCCCUCAUCAGUGUCUAUUUUGCCCUGUGUCUGUCCCUGAUGGUGGUCAGCCUGCUGGAGACCGUCUUCAUCACCUACCUGCUGCACCUGGCCACCACCGAGCCCCCACCCAUGCCUCAGUGGCUCCACUCCCUUCUGCUGCACUACACCAGCCCCAGGAAGUGCUGCCCCACUGCACCCCAGAAGGAAAAUAAGGGCUUGGGUCUCACCCCCACCCACCUGCCUGCCUCUCACUCAGGAGUGGUCACCUGA